CAAAAGCGACUUGCAUGCUUGCAAAGCGAACUAACAAGCAUGUCUGCAAUCUGGAAGUAUUUUACGCUUGAAACAACAACUAGUAGCACCGCGAUUUGCAAUCUUUGUAAAAUCAAAGUUUCAAGAGGCGGAAGUAGCGUCGCGGUGUACAACACAACGAAUUUAAUCAAGCACCUUAAAAAUCAUCACACGGAGGAACAUGAGGAGUUCAGACAAGCCAAACAGAAAAAAGACGAAGAGUCGAAAAAACAACUGACUCUGCCCGAAGCCUAUAGUCGUCACGAAAAACUUCCAAACAAUAGCCCGAAAGCGGCGAAAAUAACAGAAAAGGUACUAGAAUUCAUUGUUUUGGAUGAUCAGCCACUGUCUGUCGUAGACAAUGUGGGAUUUCGUCGCCUGAUGGAGUAUCUAGAACCAAGGUACAGUUUACCAUCUCAGAAAUACAUUUCGGAGACAGCAUUGCCUGAACAGUACUCUAGAGUGAUGACGCUCAUUGAGGAACAAGUAAAAGAUGCGCAGUCGAUGAGCUUCACUGCAGAUAUUUGGAGCUCGGCUGUGUGCCCCAUGUCUCUCUUAAGUGUAACUGUGCACUGGGUGAACCCGCAAAGCUACGACUUUCAGAAUGUGGUGCUACAAGUUAAAGGACUUUGUGGAUCACAAACUAGCACUUCAAUUUCAACUGUCAUCAGAGAAAUGCUGGGUAAGUGGAAUAUCUCUCUAAAGAAAGUGCACACAAUUGUGCGAGACAACGCAAGCAAUAUGAAAAAAGCAAUGGAUGACUUGGGAAUCGCUAGCUUGGGCUGCUUUGCGCAAUCUCUGCAGUUUGUGAUACACGAGGGGCUGCUAUCGCAGCGAAGUGUAAGUGACGCUGUUGCCAGUGCGAGAAAAAUUGUGGGGCAUUUUAAGCAUUCGCCACUUGCGUGUACUCUCUUGGAAGAUAUUCAAACUGAACUGCAAAUGACUCAGAAACGCUUAAAACAAGAUGUGCAAACGAGGUGGAACAGUACGCACCAGAUGAUUGCGAGCCUCCUUGAGCAGAAGAGAGCCCUUUGUGCUUAUGCUGCUGACCACAAUCUGCCGGUAAAACUUACAGCCAACCAGUGGGCAUUACUGGAGAAAACUAUGAAUAUACUUGCCCUGUUUGCAGAGCUGACCAGAAACAUAAGCUCAUCCACCUCCACCACAGCUGACGUUAUUCCAGCUAUCAGUGUUCUGGAGCGUCUGCUGUCUCGGCAGGACGAUUCUGACACCGGGAUCAAAAGCAUGAAAACUACGCUGCUACAAGCUGUCAACAGACGAUUCGGCGAAGUCCAAGAUGAACCGCUUUACUCGAUUGCCACUUUACUCGAUCCACGAUACAAAGACAGAUACUUCACAAGAAAAGACACGGCCAAGUCUGCAAAGGAUGCUCUGGCACGAGAGGUUGAGAAGAUGGAGGAAAUUCUGCAGAGGACAUCAACCAUAGUAGGUGAGCCUGCAGCUAAGCUUCUUUGCCUGGAAGCAGCCAGGCCAAGCACAAGUACAAGCCAGUGCAGCUUAAGCAGUUUGUUUGAAGAAAUUUUGGAGGAGCAUGAAGAUCCCACAGCAGGAAGAAGCAUCACAAGCACUUCUAGUCAGAUACAGACGUAUUUGGCAGAGCAAACUAUUCCCCGGUCUGACAGCCCUUUCCAGUAUUGGAGAAUCAACCAGCAUCGGUUUCCUGCCCUCGCUGCAACUGCUGUCAAAUUUCUCUGUGCCCCUUCUACCAGUGUUGAAAGUGAACGAUUGUUUAGCACAGUGUCCAAUGUUGUAGGUGAAAGGAGUCGUCGACUAACUGCAGACAAAGCAGAAAUGCUGUUCUUCCUAAAGAAAAACUUACCCUUGGUGCUUAAGUGAACUUGAGACUUGAGCGAGAAAGCGAUCAUUACUGUCAUUUCUGAUCGUCUACUUGUUAGCCAUUUAUAUCUACUUUGUUGCUGCUGCUGCUACAAUGUUCUUACUUGAAUUGUUCAUUAUUCCAAAAUGUUUUAUGAAAAUGCCAUCGCACUAUAUUAGCACUACUUAUAAUAUCUUGGAUUAUUUAUUUGAAAUAUUUAACUUGCACAAUUUUUUAAAUGACAGAAUGGGAGUGCAGUUUAUUUAUUUACUUUGGGUGUGUUUGUGUGUGUGUGUGUGUGUGUGUGUGUGUGUUUAACCAAGUAUGUAAUGUAUUUGGAUUUUAUUUGCAAUCUCUGUUAAAUGGCUAUUUUCCACAACAUUUGCUGCAGAUGUUUCUAGUAGCCUAAUUAAAGGUUUUUUUG